CUACCUGACACUUAUCUUCAUCCUUAUCUGAAUCUGACCACUCUGGAUUGAACUCAUACUGUUUCAGUAGGUAGCAUUUAUAACAAAUGACUACCUCAUCGGUAACACCUACAAGGUAGGUAACGUAACCAACACCAAGGUUCUCAAGUACCUGGCCCCGGUUAGGCUAGUGUGAUAAGGCCAGAUUUAUCUAAACUCCCGUCUGUCCCAUAUUUGGCAGGCGACUUCCUUACUCGGUAAGUGCGGAGGAGGGGACCCUACCUACCUACCUACCAACCAUGAUGCGCCGAGAUGCCGACACUUAGACUUACAACUACAACCUACCAACAACCAGCACGACUUAAAUGCUAUUAUUACUCCUGCAUCCUCAUUAACGACCUUUGCGCAACUAUCUAGCAUUCGACAGCUCUUGACUCUUCCUCUUAAGAUUGAUUACAUCGGUUUCUAUUCCUAUCCGACCACCAUGGAUCAGAUGAUCGGCGAUGGCGGCCGCAACCCGCUCGAGGCAUGGUUUUGGGAAAUGCCCAUAUGUACCCGUUGGUGGACUACCGCAACCGUGCUCACGAGCGCACUCGUCCAGUGCCAGAUGGUCACGCCUUUUCAGCUAUUCUACAGCGUCCGAACCGUUUUCAGCAAGGGAGAGUAUUGGCGGUUGUUUACAACAUUCCUCUACUUCGGCCCCUUCUCGCUCGACCUUCUCUUCCAUGUGUACUUCCUCCAACGAUAUUCCCGUCUUUUAGAGGAGUCGUCUGGUCGCUCUCCCGCCCACUUCUCUUGGCUGAUGGUCUACUCAAUGACAUUUCUGAUUGUCCUAUCGCCGCUCGUUUCCAUGCCCUUCCUUGGCCACCCACUGUCCUCGACAUUAGUGUAUAUAUGGUCGCGACGAAACCCUGAUACCCGGCUAAGUUUCCUUGGGCUGUUGGUCUUCACUGCGCCGUAUCUACCCUGGGUUUUGAUGGGAUUUAGUCUUGUUAUGCACGGGUCCGUACCUAAGGAUGAGAUCAUGGGUGUCGUCAUUGGCCACAUCUGGUAUUUCUUCACCGACGUAUACCCUCCCAUGCACAAUGGCUCUCGUCCGCUAGAUCCGCCCAUGUGGUGGCGUCGACUUUUCGAGGGACGGCAGAGAGGAGAUACAGCCGAUACCAUCAACAAUGAAUUCGCUGUAGGUGGUGGACCUGAGCUGGCACCGGCAGACGUACGAUGAUGAUGACAGUUAUUAAGCAUUGCUAUUUUGGAUUCCGUUUAUGCAUAUCCUCAUUACCUGGGCGUUAGGAAAGCGACUGCUACAUUAUGAUGGAUUUUGCGUGCAUAUCCCCUGCAUGGGCAUGAGAGGAUUGGCGUUACUAGGAUUGCCUUGGG